GGUCAGAGACUGCAGACAUACUACAGGAGACGGUCAGAGACUGCAGACAUACUACAGGGGAUGGUCAGAGACUGCAGACAUAGUACAGGAGAUGGUCAGAGACUGCAGACAUACUACAGGAGAUGGUCAGAGACUGCAGACACACUACAGGAGAUGGUCAGAGACUGCAGACAUACUACAGGAGACGGUCAGAGACUGCAGACACACUACAGAAGAUGGUCAGAGACUGCAGACACACUACAGGAGAUGGUCAGAGACUGCAGACACACUACAGGAGAUGUUCAGAGACUGCAGACAUAUUACAGGGGAUAGUCAGAGAC